AGUGUGUCAGUUUGCACUGAACCAUCACACACUGUGUUGUGCUGAUCGCUACGCUGAAAACCUACGCCCCUGGAAUUAACCAUAUACGGCUGAAAUCUGUGGACUUAUCUGUGAAUAAAAUCGGAAAGUGUCUGCGAACAGUGAGCUACCGUAACCUUUGUGCAAUUGCGCAAAAAGGCCACAAUGAACACGGCGGUGGUACGUUAGAGCCAUUGACAGCGUCUGCAGCUCAUUCCAAGAUGGCCGCUUCGGUAGCAUUCAUUUUUUGCUGAUCGACUCUCAAGUUUCAUUGUCUACUAGAACAAAGCUUAGAAACCAUCGGGGAAAUAUACUGGGUCGCCGUGCUGGCAUGACAAUGCACCGAACAACAAGAAUCAAGAUAAUGGAGCUAAAUCCUCAUUUGAUGUGCGUUUUAUGUGGAGGAUACUUCAUUGACGCGACCACCAUUGUUGAAUGUUUGCACUCAUUCUGCAAAAUGUGCAUUGUGAGGUAUCUGGAGACCAGCAAAUACUGCCCUAUUUGUGAUGUUCAAGUACAUAAAACAAAACCUCUCCUAAAUAUCAGGUCUGAUAAGACCCUUCAGGACAUUGUAUACAAGCUGGUACCUGGUUUGUUUAAAAAUGAAAUGAAACGAAGGCGAGAUUUUUAUGCUGAGCAUCCAUCAGUUGCUACAAAUGGUUCUAAUGAGGACAGAGGAGAGGUGGCUGAUGAAGACAAGAGAAUCAUUGCUGAUGAUGAGAUCAUCAGCUUGUCCAUUGAGUUUUUUGAUCAGAACAGACUUAAUAAAAAAGAUGGGGUAGAAAAUGAGACUACAAGAGAGGCUAAUGUAAAACGGUAUCUGCAAUGCCCAGCUGCUAUGACAGUUAUGCAUCUCAGAAAAUUUCUCAGAAGUAAAAUGGAUAUACCAUGCACCUUUCAGAUUGAGGUUAUGUAUGAAGAUGAGCCUUUAAAAGAUUACUAUACGCUUAUGGAUAUUGCUUAUAUCUACACAUGGAGAAGGAAUGGACCCCUGCCACUUAAGUACAGAGUUCGGCCUGGUUGCAAAAAGAUGAAGUUAAGCAGCCCAAGGGAUGACGUGACUGGUGGAAGAAGGCCUGACACAGAAAGUGACUCCAGCAGUGACAAACCAAACAGCCCGGCCGCUGCCGCCCCCUCUACAUCCUCUUCUCUGCCCAGCCCAAGCACUCCUGUCCAGUCUUCACAACCCAGCUUCCCCCAUAUCUCCACACUUAACGGAGUUUCUGCCAAAGUGGGCCCAAACGGCCAAGCUCCUUUCAGCAAAGCCUGCAAAGCUUCUCUUAAUGGCUCCAAUUGCCUUGGGUGACUUGCUAUGAAUGCCAAAGCCAUGAACCCCACGCAAACACAGCUGUGAUGUAGAUGCUUUCUUUAUAAACCACCUCGCCCGUUUUUUACGUCAUUUUUAAAUGUGUUUUGUCACGACGCGUGAAAACUUUGUAACACAACAUUGUGUUAUAUUUUGUAUUAAUUACUAUGGCUUAACUAAUAUUGUGAUGAGAACUGAGGGAAAGCUCAAGAGAAUGUAUCUAGUUUUUUUUUAAUAAAACGUCUUGUUCCUUUAGAUUAGAGCAUAAGUGUAUAAAUCGUUUUCUUGUCCACAAGUCUCUAAUAAAACGUGAGGGGCACGUACGAUGGUUUGAUUAUCGAGGAAUUGUUUGUCAUAUCUUAAAGGGCAUUAUUCAGUCGUAAAGGACAUUUCAGCUUUAUUCACAUGAAAUUUGUAAAAUCAAACCAAUUUUUGAUGACCGAUCUUCACCUGUGUUCACGAAGUAAAUGGGAAAGUUAGCAUGUUCCGAGUGUUACAUUUACAAAGGGGGAAGAAAUGCUGUGUCAGUAUUGUUUGGAUAUUACUUGUUUGUGCUCGCCACAUACGUUUGUUGGAAAAUAUAGUCUCAAUAUUUUUUCCUCAACAUUUAUCUUAUUACACGAAGAUAUAGGUUGAUAGAGGACUCCGUACACAUAUAGCCUUAAAUUCGGAUUUUCUUUUUGCUCUACCUACAUUUCAGUGUUAAAACGGUUGUUUGUUCGAUCCAAUGUAUCAUUUACUGUUGUAUGUAUGAAAUAUGAAACAUUUUGUCUAAAUAAACAUUUUACUUU